GUAUAGAGGGAAUUUAAGUCUCUGUUCACACUGUUGAUAUUUGCAUGUCUUAGGUUGUCUCUAAAAAUAGGAUUUAACUGACUGCUUAGGUGAAGCACAACUUUUCGAGAUUAUCUAGAAAAUGAUGAUCAAUCAUGAAGUGUUUAAUCAUUCAACAUCACCAAUUGCUUCAUCAUUCUAUCAAGAGGUAUUGAAUACAGAUCCAAAUUUAACAUUUGAUGAUCUGCCAAUGCCAUAUAAAAAGCUAGAUCAAUUAUUAUGGAGUAUAUUUGAUACAACAUGGAAUAUAAUUGAAGCAAGAGAGAAAUAUAAAAAUACGAAGUUUAUUCUUCAUCAAUCUUCUAUACAAAAUGUGAAGAUUAAUCUAAAUAUUGAAAAUGUUCAUCUAUAUACAUUAAUUGGACAGUAUUUGUUUAAAACAUAUGAAAAUCAAGUAACUGUAUAUAAUAUUCACAAUCUACAAUCAGUAUCAAAAUGGAUAUAUAAAGAUAACUUUUUCGGUGGUAACAUUUCUAUUCGUGCGUUGCAAAUCUUUCAAUUAAACAAAGAUAAUAUCCUAUUUACAGUGCUAAUUAAUAAUAUGGGACAGACAGCUAUGUUGAUGUUUGUUGAAGGAAUGUUUAUUCCUGUUAAAUUAGUCAACUUAAUGUCUGAUAAUCAGGCAUAUCAUGCAUUGAAUGGCAAAAUUUCUCCAUGUGGACAGUUCUAUAUAUCUUUAAAUAAAGAUUCCAUUAACUCUCAAGUUUGGUUAGAAAUUUAUCGAUUACCAGUUGAUAUAUGGAUGAAAGAGAUUUCACCUCUCAUUCAAGAAUUUCAAAAUACAAGAAUAAAUCCCACAAAUGAUGAUAAAGUACCCUCUGUACAGGAGAUAGUUGAUAGUUUGCACGAAAGAAAAACAUUUUAUGAAAAUGAAUUUCAGCUCAGUUCACCCUUACUUUUAGGAAGAAUCAGGUAUCCAAAUAUACAGCCAAUUCCUGCAUACAAAUCAGUAACAGCUGCAUUGAAGCAUGUUAAUGAAAAGGCUAACCUUGUAAACUUUUCAAAUAUUGGCACUCAUCUAUAUUCUGAUAUAAUUUCUGAAGUGAAUCAGCUAGCAUUUAUUCAGCAUCGAAACUAUUCGUCUUGUUUAAUGUCUACUGCUAAAUUUCAACAAGAUGGAGAGAAUCGAGACUCCGUGCAGGAGCUCAUGAUGAAUAGCCCUGAAUAUGAAAAGCAAGAAGUAUCUGAAUCUGUAACAGGAAGAACUAAAUCGAAUACACCAAUUUUAGCUCAACAUACAGGAAGGCAUUCAAAGUCUUCUAAACGAAAGUUAGCCAGUAAAGACAAUUCUACAUUAACAGGUAAUCGUAAGAAAAAAGGAGAUAAAAAUCAUUACACUGCUGAAGUUACUGAGACAUUGAUAAAUAAAGAAAAUGAAAGCAAAAAACAGUUUAUUGAAGAACUAAAUACUGAAGCAGUUGGAAAACGUUCUACUUUAGAUGAAUAUGAACUAUCCGAUGAACUUCUUGACAGAAGUCAGAUGAUUAAAACAAUAAGAGAACAAUUGAUAAAAGAUUUAAAUGAGGCACAGCCUAAAAGUUAUCCUUAUUUUGAAUUUUUGCCUAUAUAUCUGAAUUCUGAUGUUAAAUAUCAAGAAACGUCAACUUCAAACAUUGUUGGUUAUUCUAGAUCUCUAUGUGUUUACUGGUCAGAAUCAAGUUAUCUUUAUUUUUAUUCUUUGGAUAAAUUUACAAAAUCCGGCGAAUGUGUACCAGAGGAAGUACGGUACGUCGGUUCUUACAUAACGCAUAUGUCAGUUGUGCGUUCAAGCUAUCCAGUCAACACGAAUCAAUCUUAUGCAAAUAAAAAGCAACAGCAAUCACAGGGAUCAGAUCCAGUCAAUUCAUGCAAUGAUUAUCUAUUGAUCGGUCUUCAGUCAGGUUUAGUUAUAGUUCAACAACUACAAUCAGGUCGAUAUCUACCAUUACUUCAUACUGGAUUGGGACCAAUAGCAGACGCUAGUUUAACUAUAAAUGGUGAUCAGAUCAGUUUGGUUACUGCAUGUUUAUUAAACGAAAAAACCGAACGUUCAAGCUCAGAGGGGAACAAUUUGAGUUUAAGCAAUAACUUCACAUUUGAUGUCUAUAAUCUAGAUCGUCAAAAUAAGAUCAGUUGGGAGAGACAAUAUAUUACGAAGAAAAACAAAUUGUGUUGUCAUGCCAUAACUAUCUUAACGUCAGAUGAUUCUUACAGUAUUAUUGUCUGCCUAAUCUCAGUAAGGGAUAUGCUAAUCUUUCCAUUCAGUAUUCAACAUCUUAAACAAGAAAAUAUGAACCAUUCAACAAACGAUCACAUUUGUAGAAAUCAACAAAAUUCUGAUCUUUACACUGAUUCUAAUCGAUUUUGGCAAAAUGUUAUACAGAUUAGCUUACCAAAUCCAUAUGAAGUUAAUUUAUGCUCUGGAACUAUCAGUUUAUUCUCAGAAAGAAAUGAGCAAUGGAUUAAUAAUACUGAAUUAUUUCAUCAAUUAUAUCUUGUAUCGUAUGGAUCAGAAUCGAAUACAGAAGAUUAUAAUGAUGAUAAUGAUAGAAAUCAUGAUGAUAAUCAAGAGUUAGAAAAGCAGAAUACAAAAUAUUACCUUUGGAUUCGAGGAACUAAAUAUGAUCCGACGAAUGAAGAUACACUUCAAUCCAAGCUUUUUUAUACCUGUUUGCAAUUUGAACCAGUAGAAACUGUAACUGAUUCAGUGAUGUCGAUAACAAGGAUAAAGAUGAAGAACCAUAUAUAACACCACUUCAGGCUUAUUCUAGGAAAUUAUUGCAGAAAAGAAAUUCCAGUGAAAAUAUAAGAAGGCAGAUAUUUCAAAAAGUUUGGGAACAAUUACCAUCUGAAAAUCUUGUACUAAUUAAUUUUUCUAAUUGGAUUUCCAUUACAUUCAUUCAUUCUGUUAACCUUAAACAAAUAAGAAUUAAUUUACUGGAAAAUAAAAUCUUUGCUAUAAUUAUA